AUGCCCCCCUCAUCUACCAUUUCAGAGGUAGAGGCGAUUCUCAAUGAGAAACUCUGGCCAUUUGCACAAGCUAUCGACACACGCAAUAUUGAACGUGUGUACCUGAAUGCUCAGAAACAGGAGAGAUCUCUCACCACGGCAGAGCGCAUGAAACUGGUAGACCAUGAAAGAAGUCUUCCUUCGCAGCAACUUGCUUUCUUGCACCAGAGAGAUAUUUUUGUGAUGAGAUUUAAUCUGCUCACCGACAGAGACAAGUCUCGUAUGAAUAGACUCUGGGGCUCAAAGCUUCAACAAUGCGACGUCAGAAUUCCUGGAUUUCGUUUGGUCAAUAACCAUUCUACUCAUCGGUUCCUGCUCUUUUCAAAUGACUUCUUGAGCAUCAUCAAAUUCAUUGAUACAAGGCUUCCUCCGCUUGCUAGCAUUCUACGUGGACUUGAAAAUGAACUUCUACACCUCCCUAUUCACGCCGGGACCAGAGGCCGUCGCGAUCACCUUGAAUCCCAGAUUACCGACCUUCAACGACAGAGAGUCCAUCUCCGAGAGGAGGCCAGGCGGAGAUUUGAUAAUCUUACUGCGGGGGAGAAGGAAGUCUUAUGUGGAGCUCGACAAGAACGCCUGGCUGCGUAUGGCCUUACAUUCCAGUCCUUUGACCCAGCUUAA